AUGGGUUCCCUAGAUCGCACGACUCUCGCGGCUGCCCUCGAGCAGGCUCAUGGAGAAUAUUUGCAAAAACACCCUUUAUCUCGAAAGAAUCAUGAAGAAGCGUGUCGAUAUAUGCCAGGCGGCAACACACGAACAGUCCUGUACACCACACCAUUUCCACUGACUAUUGACUCAGCCAAUGCGUGCCAUCUAACUACCGUUGAUGGUAAUACUUACGUCGACUUUUUGGGUGAAUAUACUGCAGGGAUCUAUGGCCACAACCAUCCUGUCAUUAAGGAUGCCCUGCAGAUGGCAUUAAAGGACGGCUGGAACUACGGAGGCCACAAUAAAAUGGAACCCCAUCUGGCGCGUGCUGUGUGCGACCGGUUCCCGGCGAUGGAGCUCAUCCGGUUUGUCAACUCUGGCACUGAGGCAAAUAUGAUGGCAAUUGCUACAGCACUGGCUUUCACGGGCAAAAAGAAGAUUCUCUUGUUCAAUAAAGGAUAUCACGGUUCAACGAUAUCAGGAAGAACGCCCUCAAAUAAGGCUUCGAUUAACUUGCCCCACGACAUCGUUGUUGGGACAUACAAUGACGUCGAAGGGACCAAGCACCUAAUACAUUCUCUUCCAAAGGAUUCUCUGGCUGCUAUCUUGGUCGAGCCCAUGUUAGGCAGCGGAGGAUGUUACGCCGGCACAGCGGAGUUCCUCAACAGUCUUCGGCAACUGAGUAAGGAAGCUAAUGCUCUUUUGAUAUUUGACGAAGUUAUGACUAGCCGGUUGGGUUACCAUGGCCGAGGAUAUCAUAUGGGCGUGGUUCCCGACUUAAUGACCUUGGGGAAAUGGGUUGGCGGAGGCAUGAGUUUCGGCGCCUUUGGUGGCAGGAAAGACAUUAUGAAACUGUACGAUCCACGAGACGGCACCCUCGAACAUCCCGGCACAUUCAAUAACAACGUCUUUACUAUGAUGGCGGGAGUCGCCGGAUGUGGAUUGUUGACAGAGGAGAAACUGAACGAAUUGAACGGUCUGGGGGACUCGAUGCGCCAACAAAUCGAGGCUGUCCUCUCGAAGAGAGACAUCGAAGGAACGCUACCCUCCAGCCCAAUCACAGACGACAUGCAUUCGCCUCAACAUCCUCAACGGCCGCCAAAGAUGUUCAUCAAGGGAGUAGGGAGCCUCAUGGCCAUCCAAUUCGCUGGCCCGGACAAAGACCUCUUGCAGGGAAUCUUCUACCACCAUAUGCUCGACAAGGGAAUCUACAUGGCCCAACGGGGAUUCAUUGCUUUGAACAUCAUGCUCACCACACAGCACGUGACGCAAUUUAUGGAGGCCAUGGAAGCCUUUUGUGAUCGAUGGGAGGCAUUCUUGAAAUGGUGA